GCCGGGCAGGCGGACGGCCCGGGGCCGAGGCGGCGUCAUGUCCUCGGGGGUGGCCGCGCGCCGCGACGCCAAGAAGCUGGUGCGCUCGCCCAGCGGGCUGCGCAUGGUGCCCGAGCACCGGGCCUUCGGGAGCCCGUUCGGCCUGGAGGAGCCGCCGUGGGUCCCGGACAAGGAGUGCCCGCGAUGCAUGCAGUGUGGUGCCAAGUUUGACUUCCUCACCAGGAAGCACCACUGCCGCCGCUGCGGCAAGUGCUUCUGCGACCGGUGCUGCGGCCAGAAGGUGGCGCUGCGGCGCAUGUGCUUCGUGGACCCCGUGCGGCAGUGCGCGGCCUGCGCCCUGGUGUCCCACAAGGAGGCCGAGUUCUACGACAAGCAGCUCAAAGUGCUCCUGAGCGGAGCCACCUUCCUUGUGACUUUUGGAAACGCGGAGAAAGCGGAAACCAUGGUUUGUCGUCUGUCCAGCAAUCAGAGGUACUUGUUUCUGGAUGGAGACCGGCACCACGAAGUGGAGAUUGCACGCGUGUGCUCCGUGCACACCCUCACGGAAGGCUUCCCCCCUGGAGACAGACACACUCACACUUACACCAGCCUCCUGGGGAGCCCGCCCGCCUCUGCAGGAGGCAGCGCGCGGGCCGCAGGCAUGUGCCUGCAGUACACGGUGCCGGGUGAGGCGUGCGUGACCCAGCUGAAGCUGACGGCCGGGGAGGACAGCAGCGCCAGCAGGAGGCAGGCAGUGGCGUGGCUGGCGGCCAUGCACAAGGCCGCCAAGCUUCUCUACGAAUCCCGGGACCAGUAAGCCCACUCGUGAGCUGAGCUCGGAGCGCUUCUGGCCACCAGGCGGGACGGAGCCGCUGUGCCCUGCACCCCCCCGGGGCCCCCUCACCGGGCGGCGCUUCCCCAAGCUACACUACUGCUGAGCGUGCUCUGUGCUGGCGCCGCCCCCCCAAGCAGCGUCCAGCGAGCCUGCUGACGGUCCUGUGCCACGGGGCCAGCUUCCUCUUUUUACUUCACGCACACGACUGUAGAGCCAUUUGUAUACGAUGCUUCAUGAUUAAAACUAUUUUGCAAGUA